AUUCCAAACUCAUCGAGUUACCUAAUCGUUCUUGUUUACAAUUCAAAAUGUCAGACGCAAAGAAACCUGCUAGUCAUCCUAAGUACAGCGACAUGGUGGCGGCCGCYGUCGGGGCCUUGAAAGAACGCAAUGGCUCUUCUCGACAGGCCAUCGUGAAGUACAUCCAGGCCAACUAUAAAGUUGGAGAUAACGCUGGAGUACAAGUCAAACUUACCCUAAAAAGAAUGGUUGCAGCAGGAAAACUAACUCAAGUUAAAGGCACCGGUGCUUCAGGCUCAUUCAAGAUCAACAAAGCAGCAGUCGAGAAACCAAAGAAAGCCAAGAAGCCCGCUGCUGCCAAGAAGCCCGCUGCUAAGAAGCCAGCCUCCAAGAAGUCUUCGGCCAAGAAACCAGCGAAGAUGCCCGCGGCAAAGAAAGCUUCAAAAGGUUCUCCAAAGAAAGCAAAGAAGCCGGCAGCUAAGAAAUCUGCACCAAAAAAAGCGGCCGCCAAACCUGCUAAGAAGCCGGCCGCAAAGAAACCGACGAAGAAACCAGCCGCUAAGAAGUCACCCAAAAAGGCAGCCAAGAAGACAGCCAAGAAAUAAAGUGUU